GGCGCUCUCCUCGGAGGUUGUAUGGUGAAGUCUACGCGGAGGCGGUGCGGGCGUCGCGGCGGGGCGGUGGGCAGGCUUCGGCGCGCUGAUGCGCUUGCGCGGGGCUAGAUCCUCGGCCCUUUGGGGAGCGUGGAGAUGGCGGCGGUUGGGGGACCUUCGCCGGAGCCGGCGGCUUCAGAACAGCCGGCGGAGCUCCCUGCAUCGGUGCGGGCGAGCAUAGAGCGGAAGCGGCAGCGGGCGCUGAUGCUGCGCCAGGCCCGGCUGGCCGCCCGGCCCUACCCGGCGACGGCGGCUGCGGCUACCGGAGGCGUGGCUAAUGUAAAAGCAGCCCCAAAGAUCACCGACACAGGAGGAGGCUUCAUUCUAGAAGAGGAAAAAGAGGAACAAUGUACAAUUGGAAAAGUUGUCCAUCAACCAGGACCUGUUAUGGAAUUUGAUUAUGCGAUAUGUGAAGAAUGUGGUAAAGAAUUUAUGGAUUCUUACCUUAUGAACCACUUUGAUUUGGCAACUUGUGACAACUGCAGAGAUGCUGAUGAUAAACACAAGCUCAUAACUAAAACAGAAGCCAAACAAGAAUACCUUCUGAAAGACUGUGAUUUAGAAAAAAGAGAACCAGCUCUUAAAUUCAUUGUGAAGAAGAAUCCUCAUCAUUCACAAUGGGGUGAUAUGAAACUCUACUUAAAAUUGCAGAUUGUGAAGCGGUCUCUUGAAGUUUGGGGCAGUCAGGAAGCAUUAGAAGAAGCAAAGGAAGUUCGACAAGAAAACCGAGAAAAAAUGAGACAGAAAAAGUUUGAUAAGAAAGUAAAAGAAUUACGGCGAGCGGUGAGAAGCAGUGUGUGGAAAAGGGAAACAGUUGCUCAUCAGCAUGAGUAUGGACCAGAAGAAAGCCUAGAGGAGGAUACGUACCGGAAGACUUGUACCAUGUGUGGCCACGAGCUGACCUAUGAGAAAAUGUGACUCGUAAAGUGUAACGUUGCCACAGAUGAACGGGACACUCCUAUAAAUCAUGCUUCAGGAAGAAAUUUGUAUGUUGUGGCUUAAAAGCAAGUUUCAGUAAGGGUCUAGCAGGUCUGGUUGUAGGCAAAAUACUGGGUCUGGGAUUGCUUUUUUCUACAACAGGGAUGGGAGCCAAGGGGUGGAGUAGGUUCAGAAGUUAGGUUAAAGCCAAAAUUGAGAAAUAAGAAACCAAGCCAAACCCUAUAUUGGAACAGGAGAAAGAGCUUUUAAUAAUGGCAGAAGCUGGCUGAACAGGAUCCUUCUCCCAGAAAUAACGGACGGUGGUAGAUCCUGAACCCAAGGCUGGCCGGGUCUUCUAGACCCUGUCUCCACAUAAGGGAACUGGGGAGCUGUUGUUGGAUAAGCCCUGAUUCCCAGCAGGAAGUGAGUUGUGGGAGUCUGACCAUGUUUCCUGUAUCCUUGGGGUUUACCACCAUAGGCCUUAACGUCCAUGUCUAGGUAGCCCUUUUCAAAUCCAGAUUCAAAUGGAAAAACAGCCAUAUUGUUUUACUGAUCAAAGAAGGUACUGUUAGUAAGUUUAUCAUAACUUGCUAACAUUUUACUGAGCAUUUACCAUGGGCCGGGCAGGGAUGAUGCCAAGUGGCUUACGGGUAUUCUCCUAUAAUCCUGGGAUGGAAGAGAACUUCUCUGUUUAUUUAGCACUUCUAAAGGAAGUGAUCACCUACAACCCACCAUCACCCCAGACAUAUGGAUCAAGUUUACCCAUUUAGUUCUGCCUCUGUCUUAUCAAAAGGCUUACAAGGUAGUUAUACUAAUAAGAGGAUUUGAUCCAAAUGUGCCUGAUUACAGGGUUUGUGCUUUUUUCUUACAAAAACAUUCAGGUUAAGAUAAACCGCAUGUUUUCAAAUUGUUCUUUGACUUGGCUUUUUUAGUCCUGUUGCUACACACAGAGAAAUAGGAUGUUCAUAUGUUUUCAUUUUCCUUUCUAGAUCAGAUCUUGCAGAUUAUACUUGAAGAAAGGCAAGUCUGAACAAGUCCAACCCAAAUAGGCUUAAGACUGUAAUUACUAAUUGUUCUCUAUACAAGUAUCCAAUAUAGAAAUGUUUUAUAUAAAUAUUAAAAAGUUUAAUGUAUUAGUCAAGUUUUUUUUUUUUUUAAAUGUGCCAAUUAUUCAUUCAGUAAAAACUGGACAGUGGGCAGCAAGACCUUCCUGGGACCAUGAGAAAGCUUCCAGCUUGAGGACAAGAGUACUGAGGGAUCCAGGCAGCUGACAACAGCAUUACUGCAUGGGAGAUAUAGAGCCCUUGAGCUACAUGGACCUAGGUUCCAAUUCCAUUUUUUAGCUGUGGGCCUUGGGUAAGUUACUCUGUGGGCCUGUUUCUAUCUGUCGGAUGGGCAUGAUCCUCUCAGGACUGUUUGAGGAUUACAUAUGGCAGAUCUGUAGCACGUGGCAUCUAAUAGCCACUUGUUAAUGAGCACAUUAAUAUAUAUAUAGUAUAUAGUAUAUAGUUCCCAAUUUGUCUAGUUUCUUAUAUUUUUGAAAUUCAGUCUUUAGUUUUCCCUAAACUUAGCUGCCAGAUUGUGAGUGGGGUCACAUCAGUGCAUUCUUGACAUGAAGAGAGGAUCCAAGAAAUUCCUCUAGAAUUCGGAUCAAGCAAGUAUAAUUAGUCAAACUCUGCAAUACAUUGUGAAAGAUUUAUAAGUCAGUUUAGGGUCAAAGUUCCCAAAGCCUUAAAGGGUCAUCCUUUUGGCUUCUUGAGGACAAGAGCCAUGUCUAACUGAAUACUGUUUGUGGGAAGGAGGAACAGUAUAACCAAAAAAAUAUUUAGCCAAGAGCCUGGGUUUUAGACUCCUUUCGGCUAGUAACCUGCCAUGCACCCUUAAUUCUGUGAACAAUUCUUGUUUUGCAUGGUAUGGUUGUUUAAAAAUCCUAGGAGUUCCCAUCUCUUGACUAUAUUCUGUAGUCACCAAAUGAAGGGUACUCCAAAGAGACCAUGUAACAAUAUGAAAAAUACUAAUACAGCAUAAAUUUAUGACAUAAAUAAGUGAAAGAUACCUAUGUUGUAAAAACAGAGAAAUACUACUUAUCAGUUGUGGGGUUGCUGAUAAAUUUUUCCUCAGGUUUAAUGAAGGCUUAUUAAAAUGCUAGAAAUUUGCAAUGUCAGAUAAUUCCCUAUUUUGCAUAUUUUACAUGUGUACUCAUUUAUUAUCUUAGUUAAGCUUUAAUACCAUGUAAGAAACUGGCUCAAGAAUUAGUAACUCCUUGGACUUAAAUUCUAUAGAAACAAAGUCCAUACCUACAGUACAGUUUUAGCCAAUCCAAACUAGCUACUUCUAUUUCCACUUUAGCAUGUACUUCAUAAUUGGACCUUGGACAAAUCUGUCUCAGAGAACAGAGGAAAUGACCGGACAGCUCUAAGGUAAUGGUUCCCAAACUUGUCCACACACUGGCAAUCACCCGGGAUCACCUGGGGAGCCUUAAGAACUACGGCUGUGUCCCCCGCCCCCCUGUGGUUUAAUUUAGAAAAUAACUUUAAAGACUCUCAGGUGACUUAUAUUCAAACAGAUUUGGGUAGUGCUAAAUAAAUAACAAUAUGUGUAACAUUUUAAAACACUAAGAUCUGAAGAGAGAAUUCUGAAUGAGGGAAGAAUUGUGAAUGAGGAAAUCACCAAUCUUAAAGUAGAUUGAGAUGAUAAAUCAUGAAAUACCAAAGUUUAAAAAACAUUUUUAGUUUUAUUUCAGCCAUGUUAGGUUAUCCAUGAGCUGUGAAAAGCUAUGCUACUUGAUAGUAAACCCACCAGUUCUAUAUACUACUUUGUAAGCUGGACCUCUAGUGUUCACAUACCUCAAAUCGCUUAUCUUUUGUGCCUUAAGGAGAAAAAAAUACCAGAACAGUUGUAUCUGUCACAGAUAUAAUACAUCCUAUGGUCAUCGUCACAUUGUCAGUAGGGAGUAUUUGCCUUGUAGGGCCAAUUAAAGGUAAUCAAUUCUCUAUUCUUCACUGUCCUCCUCCCCCCUUUAGUAAGUGAAAGGGUGCUACAAGAAAGCAAGCAUUCAAACCAUCAAAAAUAAGACAAAUUAUUUUGAGAUAUUUAAAAAAAAAUCUUGACAGGGGAGUAAAACGACCCUUAGGCCUGUAGGGCACAGAAUUGCUGGAACACAGCCAGGAUAUGAGGGUCUAAUUCGGCGGUGAAGAGCAGGUUCUCCAGGGUCACCAUGUACUGCUGGAUUAUUUGGUGAUGCUGUGGACGUAAAAAAGGGGGUGUUUAGAUCAGGAGAAAGACCGCAUAAGCAAUCUCGCAGGACGUUUCCCUCAGCAGCCUGCCCACGUUGUGGCAUGAUGGGAAGGGUUUGGGGAAAAAAGUGGUUAUGCUUGAUAGGAAGAAUGGGCUCCUGAAAAUUAAGAACAUGUAGAGGGAAAUGAAGAAAAAGGGAUGUUUGAUAACUUAGAAACUGGUGAGAACUGAGUCCUUUACGUAAAUGUAGUUCAUGCUUCAAGGCUUGGCAGGAGUGCCUGGUGCUACAGACUAGGUUCAGCUGGGUCUCUCCUAAUUAGGACCAAAGACAGGACUUUGUAAACGGGGCCCAGACAGGGACUGACCCGGCAAGAUUAACAACCAGGAAGGAGGAUUAGAAUGAAGGUUGCUGAAACAAAUAUUUUGCAAUAAAAGUUUUUUUGCUCUUAUUGGUUAGAACAUUUAAGAUUGUAAAAGAAUAGAGAAUUAGCCAAUGACCUGUUAAUUUUUUUUAACUAUUCCACAGAAUAAACCCAAACCUCAAUAUAGGUCUUAAAUAGCUCAUCUGUCUCACUGAAAAUCAGUGGCUUGAGGCUAUGUGGGAAGAAAGUGUCAUGAAAUAAUCUCUUCUAUGUGUGCCUGUCUGACUUGUAUACACGGAGAUCCCUACCGGACUAAAGAACGGCAGUUAGGAGUCUGAACUGCAUAUAGAACCAAUUUCACUCUGAAUAUUCUGAUGAGCAACAGGAGCAAACAGACAUUAAAAGGGCCUUACAGACUAUUACGAAACUUCCCAACAAAUCUGACCAUUUUUUAACAUGGAAAGUCCUUGUGGCUGAGAAUAGUGAUGUUCAUUAUCUAAUCAGGGUUUCCCACAAACCUGUAAGAAGAUCUGCUGGAGCCUCUCUAUACAGUUUUUAUACCAUGGUGUUAAUACACUGGUCCCAUCGGUUUCACAUCGUACUAAGUGCUCGGUCAAGAUCAUGAUAAAACGCUGGAGAGGGGGUAUAAAGUUAAAGCAGUGUUAGAAGGAGAAUUCUUAUACCUCAAACAAUCACAUUUUGACCAAGAGACCUCAAAAGGCAUUGCUUGUUCCACUCGGUUUUUGUGGUAUCGCUAACUUUUGUUAAGUCAAUAAAUUCUAGAAAUAGGCAGAUAAGUGAUAAUGUUAGUAUAUCCUUUUUUCAGUACGUGAACACUUUUAAAUCUAGGUUAUUUGUGCUAGUAACUUUUCUCCACACCCAUUUCUAAGGACAUAAAUAAUGUUCAUCAGGAAGGAAAAUAAUCUAAAUGAUGAACAACUGGGAAUAAAUAGGAGUGAGGUACUCCACAAAAGGAUCCUCAAAAAAUGUUUUUAAAGCCUGGAGCAAUGGUCAUGUAAGAAUGCUGUAAACGAAACGGACUGUGGAGGUACACAUGGUUAUUUCCUUUGCAAAUUUUUGUGAUUUAAAUUUUUAUAAUAAACGUGUACUAUGAUUAAAAAUAA